AUGGAAAGAAAAGAAACAGAAAUAUUAUUGGCCAGUCGAUCCGAUGGGACUUUCUUGGUCAGACAAAGAGUAAAAGACUCAGCAGAAUUUGCAAUAAGUCUCAAGUAUAACCAGGAAAUAAAGCACAUGAAAGUAACUGUUCAAGAAGGAAUCUGGAGACUCACAGAGAAAAAAGGCUUCAAGGGACUUCCAGAAUUGGUUGGGUUUUACCAACAUAACUCAUUAAAAGAUUGCUUUAAGCUUUUGGAUACAAUGCUGCAGUUUCCUUUCAAAGAAGCAGAAAGGAAAGGAACCCCUAGAAUGGCAGCAGAUGAUAAGAGGAUGAAGUACUUUGGAUCAGCUCGGGCACGUUAUGACUUCUCUGCAAGAGACAGAACUGAACUAAGUUUGAAGGAAGGAGAUGUCAUUAGGAUUCUCAAGAAAGGACACCAGGGCUGGUGGAAAGGA